AAGGAUAAGUUAGGAGGGAGAGCAUAGCAGGACAUUAAGGUUGGAAUUGCUUGCAUCCAAUGCAAGAUGCUGCAGUUCCAGCUCGUGGUGGUGCAUCUGGCCCUGGUGAUUGCCCUGCUGUGGUGGGACUCCAGCUCUGUGCUCCUGGCAGAGGCAGCUCCAGAGCCUCUGGAGCCUUCUGCUGCUCUGGACACGGGAGACCAUCCUAUUGCCAGUGAAGAGAAGUCAUCCACCAACCUGGCAUCCAAGCUGCUCCUUCUUGAUGACUUGGUGUCUCUGGAGAACGAGGUGACUGAGACCAAGAAGAAAAGAAGCUUCCCAGGAUUUGGCUCCCCGAUUGACAGAAUUUCUUCAUCCUCUGUGGAUUCUAAAGGCAAACAGAGGAAAGUGCUUGAGCUGCCAAAGAGAAGGUUUGGGGUUCCUCUGGACCGGAUUGGGGUGAGCCACCUCGGCAACACCAGGGGUUAGCAGUUCCUGCAGAUGCUUCUAUUCUGAAUGAGUGAUGCUGUAUUGGAAACGUUACAGAGAUAUGGAAGAUGCCUCACAGCAUGUCUUGUCUUUGCCUAAUGAUACUGCACACAAGGAAUUGACCUCCUGCAAAAUCUGUUUCAAGUUGCAUUUUGCAAACAUUGCAUUUACAAAUAAUAACAUAUUCAAUUCAUCAGGUCAGAAUGCUCUCACAGCUGUGCACAGUGUCACUUGUAGAAGGUAUAUGUAUAUAUUUUUAUUGCAUGGCAUUUAUCUGUUAAACUUGCAGAAUUUUAUUAUCCUAGGCAGGACUGAGAUUUUUUGGAUUGAAAAUAAAACUUCCAGAGAUGCCAACAGCAGUCCAUGAAAAGCAGAGAGUUUGCUUUGCACAUUUCUUUCUGGAGAGGAGUUUUUUGGUAGAUGAAGGGAGGAUAUAACAGUUAUGGGACAAAGCUAGAAUGCAUUUAAACUGCUGUUUGGGAGGUGUUUUCUGCCUUCACUGGGAGUUAGUCUGAAUAAGAACUGUGACAAGACCUUAGUAUUCAUCCUGAUGUUUUGAGUAGUCUCUUAUCUCUGCACCAUAUUUAGACACG